CUACAAUCUUGCUUGGCGGUUUAGAUAAUGUCAUCGGAGAUGAAGGUGCAACAGAAAUUAGCAGAUUAAUUCGAUUAAAUAAACAGAUUCGUUCGAUUGAUCUUACAUUUAACGGUAUUUCACAAAAAGGUUUGAUUGAAUUACGAGAUGCAUUAAAACAAAAUCGAACACUGACAACAUUAAAAAUUCUACAAUUUGGACAGACACACGACGGAAUAACAAAGGAAGAAAUAUAUAACAUGAUUGAACAAAAUAAAAUCGAAUGGGGAAAACAAAUACUUGACCAUAAUAGAACGGAUAGCUCGCCAUUAUCACAAUCCAAAUGUUUAGAAAAAGGUCAACAAUUGAAUGAUGAUAUCAAUUUUCCUGAACAUGUUAUGGAAAUAAUUAGUUAUUACAGGACACAUUAA